AAUCGUAGAGGCCGUUAUUGUUUGUGUAGCGUAGUUUAUUAUUGUUCUUCUUGCUUCCCACGAAGUCGGCUUGGUUGUAACAGUAUUUUAAGUGUUUAGGUGUUUUACCGCAUGAAAGAAGUAUUCGAGAAAAUGAGAAUAUUGUUCAAGUUGACCUAGCUUCAUAUAGUGGAAAUUUUUUCUGACUCAUCAAAGAUAGUAUUGGGAAGAUUGAAUUGCCAUGGACAAAACUGCUUCUCGCAAAGGUCGCCGAAACAAGGUGGGGGGUGUCCGUAACAGUACAGAUGAAAGUGGUAAUCCUGGCACUGAGCUUGUAAAUGGCAAAGUUAAGCAGGAAUUAGCUGAGGAUCCACAGGACAACAGUGAAAACCAAGCAACUGAUUCAGAAGAAGUUAAGCCCAAAGAGGAUAUUCCAUCUGAUGACAGCAAGGCAAAUAAUGCUGAGUCCUCUGAAUUUCAUGGUUUUGAUGAAUCGUCUGACCCUAGUGGAGCAUCUGUAGUUAAUCAACUAGUUGGCAAAUACGAAGCAGAUCUAGAGGAUGAGGAUUCUUCAGUGAAAGAAAGCAAUGAAAUUGCAGGAGACGCUCAGGAUGGACACAAAGUUCUUGGUCAAGAUAUUUACACAGACAGCGAGGAUGAAUCUCCUAAACAAGCAAAAGGGACGAAGCAAGUCAAAGUAGCCUCUAAGAAGAGACCUUUAGAGAAACUUGCUGAAGAAUUCAAUGAUGAUGACCACAAACCAGCGACCCCUCCUGCUAAAAGAGCAAGAAAGAAAUCAGCCAAGGCACGUGAAGCAGCUGGUGAUAACAUGGACAAUAUGAAACUUCUAAGUGAGGUUUCAUCAGAGGUCACAAGCUCUGGGGAUGUUCCACCGAAAAAAAAAGCCAUCAAAGACGAACCACACUCUGAAGUUACAAGUUCAGCCAGUCAAGGAAGAAAAUCUCAGGACACAAGUGAUACUGCUCGCCGAGGAGGAAGACAUGUAACAAAAGAUGCCACUGAUCCUACUUACCUUAAACCUUUGGAGCUUGGCUGGAAGCGGGAACUUGUGUACAGAGGCACUAAUCCCAAAAGCGGAGAUGGAAAAAGAACUGGCGACAUUUAUUACUACACUCCUGAAGGGAAGAAAGUUCGGUCAAGAGUGGAGAUACUGGAACACUUGAGAGGAACAGGAUUGACUGUUGAGCACUUUUGUUUCCUGAAGGAACCGCUUGGUCUCGAUGAUCCAAACAAAGAAGUUAUUAGGGAAGCCUCAGUUUGGAAAGCAAGUCUGGAUUCAGUCCCAGUUAAGAGAGAGAAGUCUCCAAAGAUUCCAAAGCAGAAAGCUUUGAAAGGAGCCAGUGCCUCUGAUUCACCCGCUGUAUCUGAUGACACUUCUAACGCUUCUGCUGCUGGCUCAAAUGGUCCGAACGCGAGUCCAACUGCACCUUCAGGAACAAAAGCUGGAACACCAAGAGUUGUUUUUAAGGCAACCAAACAAAGUCCUAAAUCAAACCUUAAAGCAAAGGGAACUCCUGGUCGUAAAAGUAAUGCAGAAUCUCCUCCAACAAAAGGGAAAGUUGGUAGGCCGAAGAAAGAUAAAGAGAACACACAAGUCAAUGAAGGGAGCGCAGAGACUGGGGUGAUGCCUCCUAACUGGGAUACAAUUGAGCACUCAGAACAGACCUCUUCAAAUACAGCCAGUGGGUUGUAUAAGGCCAACUCUCUGCGUCUCCCGCCACUGCCUCGCCCACCUGCCCCACCUACUGCCGGCCCUACUCCAUCCGAACCACCAGCCCCUCCCCAGACUGUUGCCACUAUUGGUGGCCAGAAGUUCAUUGUGGUUCCCAAGCACAACUUACUGGCCGUUUCACCGGGGGCUGCUUGUGCUGUUAGUCCUUCGACGAGCAACUCUCACCAUGCGGCAAAGGCACCUUCUGGAGUAUAUUUUAUUCCUGGCUCUCGCGGGAGCUCAAGUUAUCCAGGCAAUCUGUCUGGGCGUUCAUCUAACCUCCUGGCAUCAAAGAAAGUGAAGUUGGCUGAAACUCCAGAUGCUACUGUGGAAAGCACCACUGCUACUUCACAAGGCAAGCGGAACAUGGAAAAUUUCAUAAGUGAUUUGUCCAAUGGUUAUGGGGCACUGUUUCAUGUCAUGGGCUAUCUGAAAGUUCAGGAAUUAUUGCGUGCUUCAAGAGUUUGUAGAAUGUGGAGAGACCUAUCAUUGCAUCCUAACCUGUGGCACACUGUGCGCAUGAAAAAUUCUCAAGUUACUGAUUGGGAUGGAUUUGCUGACGCAAUCAGUGCCAGAGGUACACGUGUCCUCGAUUUGCGCAAAAUGCUUGCCCCUGGUAGCCCUGAAGAUAUUUCACACAUGUGGUCAGAAUUUAAUCGUGUAAUUGGACAGGCAGACAGCUUACAACGAGUUGAGUUAUCACGCUGCCCUGCAAGUGUCUUUGAGCAACUUGCUACAAGCUGUCCACAACUGAGAGUAAUAAAUGCCAUAGCUAUAAAAAGUGAAGAAGUAGAUUUAGAACCCAUUCGGAACGUUCCUUUGUUGGAGGAACUUCGAUUGAAAAGUAAUAGUGGGAUGAGCAUCACUGCUUCAUUGGAUCCCCUUCUUUCCUGCAGACUAAAGCACUUGUCAAUAACAUCAGUGAAGAAUCUAGGUUCUUGUAAUAUUGAAAUCAUCAGCCAACUGAAGAACCUGGAGUCUUUAGAAUUAGGAGACUGUGUUCAAAUAUGUGAUGACUUUGGACCUAGUCAUCUGUCAAAGUUGACAAAACUACAACGCCUUCGUUUGGAGAAUGGAAAGGUACCUGGCUGUCCUGUAAUAUCUAUCAUGGAGAGUAUUUCUCAACUUCCUGCUUUGAGACAGUUGGAGAUAAUUAACUUUGAUGUAAAGCCAGGCUUUGACAAAGCUUUGGGAAUGUGUAAACAACUGCGGAGGUUACUUAUAAUUCCAACUUACAUAACAACAUCUUCUUCAACAAACCAUAUUGUUCUGUGUAGUUUACCUCUCUUGGAAGAUUCUUUAGAGUAUCUUGUUUGGGGAUUAACCCAAGAACUCACACGUGUCACUGACCUCUUUAUGGACCAAUGUGAAGCACGUAAAGGUGUUCAGGGUUCAGGCAAGCUCAAUGCUUUUGCAGGAGAGUGCAUUCCUGUGGUUAACCCUGUUCAAAAGGAUAAGCAGAAGAAGUCUGAAAAUGGUGAAACUCAAGAAGAUAAAGAGGCUGGUGAUAAGAUGGAUGUUGAUGAAGAGAAGAAGGAAACACAGGAAGGGGAGGAGAAAUCCCAGAAAGACACUGACAACGCUUCUAAUUCGGACGCUGAUGAUGUUGAAAGUCUAGCCCGCGAUUUCCGUACAAUAUCUUCAAUAGACCAACCUGAAACAAGUGCAGUGCCUCCUGUGAAAAUCUUACCAAUUCCAAAGUUGCACAAACUUUUGAACCAACUUCUCCCCAAUACUCGAGUCAAAAUUCUCAAAGUACCUUUCACAUCAACCUGGAGGCAAACUUUCCCAGAGUUGUCAAGUUUUUAGGAGAUGUUGCUCUAUCAUGUGUAAAUAUUCCAUCAUUCUCUACAUCAAAAAGAUGAUUACUUAUUGUCCCCUAUAUUUAUAAAAAAAAAUUCCAAACACUCAACUUUUACCCAGUUCUGUAGGCUGUAAACAUUUUCUAGUACCUGUGUGGUAUUGUGUAUUCAAAGAGUAUCAUGUGACUUGCAGUUUUCAUCGAAACAAUACCAAAUUAUUGCCUUAAUUUUGAUGAACUGCAUGAACUUUGAAUCAUACCAAUGUAGACAUUAAAAGAAAAGUUGGAGGGUGGCGACCUAAGUAUAUAUCUUGUAUAUUUUCACUCUGUUAGAAAUUCUAUUUAAUUUGUUUAUUUACUGAGAUAAAUAUCUGCAAUUUUCUACAGUUCAUUAUUUUUUACCAGUGUUUAUUUGGCCUUUCGUUAGCUGCUAGUCUGUUGUGGGUGCCUACGCAUAAUUGUGUACUUCAAAAUAAAACAAUUUCAAAGUCUUAGUUUCUCUAUCUAAAUGAAUUAUUUACUCAGUGAUCUGCACAGUUAUUUUUGAAGUGAUGUUAACUUAAUGCAAGUUGUAUUUUGCUUAUUUUUAUGAGUUGAAAUUGUAAAAUGUAGUCUGUCUCCAAUGCAAACAGAAAAUGGUGUUAUUUUGAAUUUUUUGCAAGGUAAAGUGCAUCUUAGUUGGUAUGGUUAAUGUUUCCCAUUCCCCCACCCCCUCUUUUGUGAAAAUUUGAAAUUUUUAAAAUAAUUUUAAAUUAGGUAUUGACAAAUGUACAUUCAUUCAAAUAAACUUAUUUUUUAAAAGUAAUCUUAA